AUGCGGCCAGCAAAAGACACCGACGGCACUAGUGGCGACGCAGGCGGCAGCAGCAGCUCCAAGGCGCGGACAUCGCAGAAGCAAGUGGAAAAGAUUGUGCUGCAGUACCUGCAGGACAAGGGCUACAAGGAGGCUGAGAAGGCGCUGCGCAAUGACGCCAAGCUAGAGGGCAGCGAAUCGACGCUGGCAGACCUGGCAAGCGGGUUCCCGGCGAACGAAGUCGGGGCGGACGCCAGCGAUGCGUACAACCAGAGCUAUGGGUCGCUGCGGCGGUGGAUCGACAGCUCGCUGGACGUAUACAAGCACGAGCUGUAUGCGGCGUCGUACCCAGUGUUUGUGCAUGCGUACCUGGACCUGCUGAUGCGCGGGCUGGGCGAGAAAGCGCAGGAGUUCAUUGACAAGUACUCGGGCGACCACAUGAAUGCAGAGCACGUGCGCAGCAACGAGCUGGCCAAGGCGUACCGUGACAACAAGUACAUGGUGCGGAUGACACGCGUGGGGUUCGAGCUGCUGCUGUCGUUCCUGCAGGACCACCAGUACACGCUGCUGAUGCGGUCGCUCCGAGGGCGCCUGCAGACGUGGGCAUCACCUGGCCACACGCAGAACCAGAUCGACGCGUUCAAUGCGCAGCCGGUCGCGCUGGGCCCGGCGCCGAUCGACCCGUUUGUGCGCGAGCAGGACGAGGCGGCUACGGAAUCGGCGGCGCUGCUGAGCGAGUUUGGCAAGAUCAAGCAGGAGGGCGUGGCCGGCGCUGUGCCAAUGCCGCCGGCGCGCGGACGCGACCGCGUGGCCCUAGGCCCGGCGGCGCUGCCGUCGGUGUGCAUGUACACGCUGCACAACACCGGCGGCACGCUGAACUGCACGGACGCCUGGACACACGAGCCGCUGCGGCGGCUCAAGAGCUCGGUGUAUGCGCCGGCGGUCACCAGCGAGCGCGAUCUGGAGGCGGCUCGCGAGCCAACGGGUGGCGAGUCGCGGCGGCUGGUGGGCCACGCGGGCGCCGUCUAUGGGCUGGACAUUAGCUUCGAUAACCGCUACAUGAUCUCGGCGUCCGAGGACCGCACGGCGCGGCUGUGGAGCCUGGAGACGCUGACCAAUGUAGUCAGCUACAAGGGCCACAACUACCCGGUGUGGGACGCCAGCUUUGCCCCCCAGGGCUUCUACUUUGCCACAGCCUCGCAUGACCGCACGGCGCGGCUGUGGAGCUGCGACCACAUCUACGCGCUGCGCAUCUUUGCUGGCCAUCUGUCGGACGUCAACUGCGUGCGGUUCCACCCGAAACAGCAAGUACGUGGUCACAGGAUCCAGCGACAAGUCUGUGCGUCUCUGGGACGUGCAGCGCGGCAGCUGCGUGCGUGUCUUCACCUGGCCACACGGGCUCGGUCGACACUGUGGCCAUUUCGCCCGACGGCCGCGUCAUGGCGUCGGCUGGCGAGGACAUGGACCGUCAAUGUGUGGGAUCUGGGCUCCGGCCGCCGCAUGGAGCAGCUGGCUGGCCACACCGGCCCCGAGGGCACAUUGCUGGUAUCGGGCGGCGCCGACGAGACCGUGCGCGCAUGGAGCAUCAACCGAUCGCCCGACGCCAGCGACCAUCCGAUCGUCGUCCACCGCCGCGAGCACCCGGCGACCAGCGACAAGGACGCGGCGGCAAAGAAGCGUGACGCGGCGGGGCUCUGGAAGGCCAAGAAGGUCCAGGAGAGCGAGGCGCUGCUGGCUACGUGGCGCACCAAAAGCACUCCGAUAUACGAUAUCAUGAUGACCAAGCGCAAUCUGGCCGUGGCCACCGGCGCGUUUACAUUAUAA